CCGGAGACCACCACUUCGGCGAGCCCACCUCCCCGAGGCCGUGGGGGGCGGCGUCGAGACGAUGACCACGCCGUCGUCGUCUCUUCAGAAUUCAAAAAUUCUCAAGCAAAUAUUUGCACUUUAUAGUUUCUAGUCAACAAAACAAUAGUAAAUGACGGCAGAGUAGCUAGCUCCUCUGGGUGUCAAGAGCGCAGCAACAAUGCAACAGUUUCUCAAUUGUUACACACAAAGAUACACCAAAUGAUUUCCCUAGAGCAACAAGAGGCUGAUAAUACCAUUAUGUAAGUUGUAAAUGUUUGUUUUAAAUUUAUAUUGUGAAAAACCCAUGACUACCAUGCUGUUGCACUUUGAGCAGGCACAGAUUUCUGCAUUACAUGCCUUGUGGCAAAAUGACUUUUAAGAUAGCAGCUGAUCAAAGCUCAGAAGGAGCUUCAUUUAUGGAAAUCAGAGACCUUUUAAUUUACUUGGUGUUUAUGACUCUGCUGGCGGUUUUUACUUUUGGAGUCUAUUCUCAAAACUCAUUUCAUCUGAAUAAUGCAAUUGCAAACAGUUUUAUUCACCAACCUUACUUCUGUGAGGAAGAACGGACAAAUAUUUUCAAUGUUUCAUCUGUUGAUGAGCUAUGGUGUUACAUGAAUAAACGUUUCAUAGUAACGCUUCAAGAUCAUCCAUUUUGGGGCCAAAUUGGCACCAAGAACGAAACAUAUUUGCUUCGACCACCACGUGUUAGACAAGUUCGAGUAGUUGAAGAGGACUGUAUUGUACCUGUUGCAGCUACUGGAUGUUUUGGAAAAUUUUCCAGUGAAAAUGAAGAUAAAAGUUCUUUUAAUUUGGCAAAUGACACAUCUUGGGUUUACAAUUCUCCUGACAAAAUGGGCAACAUCUGGUUUAGAGGACUGAUUUCCUACUAUAAUUCAGCAGGCUACUACUUUUCAUUGAUUGAUGCUGACCAACUAUCUUACUAUGAGGAAAAUAAUUGGAUUGAUGAACAAACAAGAGCAAUCUUUAUUGAUUUUACUGUCUACAACAUAAACAUUAAUUUGUUUUGUGUUUGUCAAAUUUUAUUUGAGCUGCCUCCCUCAGGAGGCAUCACACCUUCUUAUCUAUUUUCAACUGUUAAACUUAUUCGUUACAAUGAUGAGUAUGACCACAGAGUUAUGGCAUGUGAAAUACUGUUUGCAGUAUUUUGCAUAUACUAUUCAAUCGAAUUAAUUUGUGAUAUAAUAUAUUUCAAACUUAACUUCUGGAGAAAACUGGAUAACUGGAUUGACUCACUAAACUUGGCUUUAUCCUGGUCGAGUGUUUGGGUACUCAUAUACCGCUAUGUCAUCUGCCUCUCAAUUUUGCAAAGAGAUGCAUUACGAGGGAUACAGGAACUACCAGACUACCAACAUCUGAAAUACAUUCAUCUCACUGCUGACAGAAUCACUGCAGUCACACUAUUCUGCAGUUGCUUCAAACUUUAUAGGUUCCUCCAUUUUGAUACUAUUCAACAUAUUUACACCACAAUAAUGUACUGCAUGAAAGAUAUGAUCAGUUUUGCCUUCCUAUUCUUUAUCAUACUCCUAGCAUAUGCCCAGCUGGGCACACUUCUCUUUGGUAAUUUUGAUGAAUCAUACAGAAGUAUUGCAGAGUCGUCUUUCACUUUGCUACGAAUAAUGAUGGGUGAAUUCCACUACCAAGAAAUCACAAAAAUUCUUUGCCUUAUUGGUCCUAUUUACAUUGUCAGCUUUGUUAUGUUUGUAGUCUUUUUACUUUUGAACAUGUUUCUUGCAAUUAUUAAUGCCACAUACUCUGUUGUUUCAAGUAAUGUAAAGGUGACACGUAAGUCAGAAUAUCGUCCUUUCAUGAAGCACUGUCUUUAUCUCAUAUCAAGUAAGUUCGAGCCAAAGACUCCAUCAAAACCCAAGGCAAUGAAUAAUAGCGAUAAGAUUACGGAACUCAUGAAGAGAAGUGGAUUCUCUGAACUAGAAGUUGAUACCUUCUUUUCCCGGUAUACUGUUGAUAAUGAUAGGGAGGUUGCGGACAUUGUGUUUCAGAGAGUUGUCCACCAGAAUGUUGGAGUGCAGCAUUACCUUAAGUUGAAGUCAAGGACAAAAACUAUUAACAAUAGUGUGCUUCAAGCCAUCAAGAAAAAAGAGCUCUUUUUAGAUCAGGUUGGAAAAUUAAUGCGAGCUUAA